GAGAAGAACUCUUCAAAGAUGCUACGAACGUGUCGAAGGAACCGAUUUUCGAUAAUAUGUGCAAUAAUUUUUGUUGUUGUAAUAGUGGUAAAUUUCUGUGAAUUGGUAUAUAAAUAUGACAGAAGUUUAACUGUGAUAAAUUCAAAUGCACACGUGAAACGUAAAGAAAACGUCGAGCCUGAUUUCGAACAGAUUGACAGUAAAGUUUUCGGAAAACAAGGAUUGAAUGAUCAAUAUAGUGACAGUUUUUCAGAGGGCCAUCAGUAUCAAGAAAAUAAACUCCAGGAAAUUGAACCUGAUUCUGAGUGGGUGCAUCGCAUGAAUCAGCUGUUUGAAAAUGCCCCCACGGAAAACUUUGAUAAAGACCCCUUUAUCAGGCAGAACACCAGCAAUGGCGCUUGUGAAAAUUUCUAUCCAACUUUUAAAGAAAAUCUUUACAAAGUGUUGAAUUACUCUUUAAAUGUGCCAAAGAAGUACUUGGAAAUGUUAAGCUUGGAUGAUGCUGGAAUAAGAAAUUUAACCGAACACGAUUUAAAUUCACCAUAUCCAGUAAUGGCCUCUGCUGCGUCGUCAAACCACUUUCGUGAAAUACAGGGAUUAAUUCGAGAUUAUCACAAAAAGCUCUUACCUAUUUAUCCGGGUAUGAAAUUGAUAUUGUUCGACUUGGGACUGAAUGCUAAACAAUUAAAACUGAUGACAAAGUAUUGCAAGUGUGAGGUUAGGCAAUUUCCAUUUCAGAUUUUCCCGGAUCAUAUUCGAAUUUUAAGCGGAUAUGGCUGGAAGUCGCUUAUAAUACAACUUCUGUUACAAGAAUUCGAUUUUGUCAUGUGGACAGAUGCCUCAAUUCGAUUUAAUGGAAGACCCCUUGAUAAACUUUUUCAGGGCGCCAAAGAGGUCGGCGUCCAAGCUAUUCCUGGUUCGGGCUCCAUUGCCGUACGCACAAAUCAACGCACGUUUACAGCACUCGGAGAAGAAAUGUGCUUAUUUGAUUACCAUGAGUUUGAAGCAGGAUGGAUGGCGGUCGUGCGGUCCGAAUUUACUCUGACUGCGGUUAUGAGGCCGUGGGUUUCGUGCGCUUUACAGUAUGGCUGUAUGGAUUUUAAAAACUCGAGGUCUUUUCUCGGAUGUCCAUUGAGAAAACAGAGAUAUGGUGCUUGUCACAGAUUUGAUCAAUCAGUGCUUGGAAUAAUCCUUACUAGACUGUUUAAUUAUAAAUCACAUCUUUGUCAAUUUAUAGUAAAUGGUAUAGGAUUUAUCAGAAGGGGAGAUUAUGUAAAUUACUUUCCCAAUUCUUAA